UACAAUCUAGGAACAUAAAUAGCAAAAAUGUAAAAAAACAAUAAUACUGAAAGACAGAAUAAACAAGGAAAGGAAAUGGGUGACAAAGCUGCACCUAAAACUAUUCCUGGCUGGCUAAAUUUUCUCAUCGGAGGUUUGAGUGGAAUGCUAGCAAACGUCAUAGUGCAACCAGCCGAUCUCGUCAAAACGCGGAUGCAACUAGCGGGUCCCAAAAGCAACAGUAGCGUGGGCACAAUAGCUAGCGAAAUCCUGCGGAAGGAAGGAGUCACUGGCUUCUACACUGGCCUCUCAGCGUCGCUGUUCAGACAGGCUACGUAUACUACGGCUAGACUGGGAUGCUUCAAUGCACUGUUCGAUUAUUAUCAGCAAAAUCAUGGCACACCAAAUUUUGGGGCGAAAAUAUUGCUCGGAUGUUUCGCGGGCGGCGUGGGUGCGGUGUUCGGCAACCCGUCAGAGGUGGCCCUCAUCAGAAUGACAGCUGAUGGUCGUCUGCCUCCCGAGCAGAGACGCAACUAUAGCAAUGUGUUUAAUGCACUUUCUAGAAUAAUCAAAGAGGAAGGUGCAGGGACACUAAUGCGUGGUGUGACUGCCACCGUCACCAGGGCCAUGGUGGUGAAUGGAGCACAACUUUCUUCUUACGCGCAAUCACGUGAAGCACUGAUUGCCUACAUGGGUGACGGCAUGCCGCUGCAUGCAGUCUGCGCCAUGAUUUCUGGCCUGAUCACCUCGGCUGCGUCCCUACCCGUGGAUAUUGUGAAAACUAGAGUACAAAACGCAACAAAAGGAGCGAGUCAAGUAACUGUUCUAAUGAGUGUAAUAAAGAACGAAGGUGUUCUAGCGUUGUGGAGCGGAUUUCUACCAACUUACGCGAAAAUAGGGCCUCAUACAAUCUUCACAUUCAUAUUCUUAGAACAAUUGAAAGCUAUGUACUUUAAAAUGAAUUGAGUGAAAAGUGGCAACUCUAAUAUAUUUGUUUAUGGGUAGUCUGUACUCUGUACCAUUGUAGCAAAGCGAUUGUUGGGUCCAAUGUAAGGGGCCCUCUACUUAAUGGGCAACGUUGGCCCAACAAAUGAUCGUCGAUGUUGGCCGCUGUUACGGCGAUUAUGACAAAAAAUCUAGAAUGACGACCGAUCAUAGACAUUUAGGACCACUAUCGUGAUCGCCUCUACUCGCCCAACGUUGCCCAUUGUGUAGAGGGCCCAUAUAGCAUUUUUAGCCAGUUUCAUAAUUACUGGAUAUAUUCUGCUUAGCUUAUCUGUCAGUUAAAAUGACAAAAGAUAUAUGAAAGUAUAGUGUUGCCAAAAAAUGGUUAUCAAUGACUUUGUUAGGAAGUUGUGUUCAACUGGCUUCUAAAUCUUGUCUGAAUCUCAAUACAUUUGAGCGUAUAUAAUGCGUGCCUGUACUUAUUUAUAAA